AUGUGUUCAACCUUCUCAGGACGCGGUGAACUAAUCUUGUGGGGAUCUGUCGAUCCAGCUUUGGUCGAUGAGGAGGCUCUGAACGACUGGUGGACAAAUGAACACCUCCCCGAGCGCCUCCGGCUACCGGGCUUUCAACUCGCGCGUCGCUACCGUGGAUUUGAGCCAAAACAUGGACAGCACGAAUAUCUUGCACUGUACGAAGUAUCAAGUGUACAAGAUCUAGCAUCAACAGAGUACAUGCACGCACUCAAUCAUCCCACUGAUCGGACGGUACAGUAUAUGCCGUGUCUCGCGAAGAUGAACCGCUUUGCAUGUGGAAACAUGUAUGAGCACCAAACACCAUACUCAGUAGCAGGAACAAGGCACAUGUGCGACGAGUAUCUCCUCAUGGUCGUGUGUAAGCUUGGAGAAGAGGCCACAAGAUUUGGACCUAAUCCUCUCGAUAUCCAGCGAGUUUUCAAACACAUCAGCCACAACGAGCAUGCUCCAUCGGCUGAUAUACGGCGUGUGCGUGUCUCAUCAGUAAGCCCAUACAUCACCGCUCAAGGAAGUGCAAGCAAGUCUUACGACGGCGUUGGAUUCAAUACUCGACCAGAUAACGCACCACAACCCCUAGACAGACCCAAUACAUUGAUCUUACUAUUCGACCUCUACUCCACCACAACACCCACAUCCCUCUCCACCAGCACAUGGUUCACCAAGCUCGAAUCCAAGUUGGAGGAAUCAAACCUGCGCAUAUCAUACAAAAACAUGUACUCACUCAUAGCGACACUCGUCAAAGACGCCAUCGAGGCUGAGGCCUAA